UAACUCAGCGUAACUCAAGGGAAGUGUUGUCACUCCAGAGUCUACAGCAAAAGUUGAGCUUGGAAAAAUCUUGGUUAUCCUUAAAAAAAAGCCACACAGGUGGAAUAGAAUUUUGGAAUUGAAGUUUGCCGUAUUCAGGAGUUGGAGAUGUGUAAACACUUCAAGAGUCUGCUCAACAUCUUGAGGCUGCUGGAGAUCAUACUGUGUACGUUAGCCUUGGUCAUCCCUAUGUUUAGGGGUAGGAUGGUGAACCCAUACGGCAUCUACUGCGAGUUCAUCUGGGUCUUCUGUGUCAUUAUGGCUGUGGUCCUACUGGUGUCCGAGAUCAUGCAAUUGCACAUCCUCCUGCCCAACUGGGACGACCUUGUUUGCGGUCUGACCAUGCUGUGCACGCUCAUGGUCGCCGCCGCCACGCUCAUUUUCGCCAUCGUCUUUGGCUGCCUGUCGUGUAUCAGCAGUGUCUUCUGCAUCAUCUUCUCAUUGGCCGCUACCGUGGUCUUCCUGGUAGACAGUGUCAAGAGAAAAAUGAAGUGUCCAAAGGGCUAUCUAUCAAACCUAAGGGGUAUUCUGAGAUUCACAGAGGCCGUCCUGGCUUGCAUCAUCCUCGCCGGCGCCACCAACUACUUCCUGGGUGUGGAAGGCGAAUUCCGUCCACCAGCCAUGUUGUGGUGCAUUGUAGUCUAUGCAGUCUGUCUCCCUGUGACCGUUCUCAUCAUACCCAUCCAUCUGUGCAGUCUACUUGAAUGUCUCAUCUCCUGUAUUGGGAUGGAUCUGUUGGAGUUGGUGUUUAACAUAGUGGCUGUGGUGUUGUACCUGUCUGCUGUCAUCCUCUGGCCUGUCUUUGGUUACAAGCACUACCGUGAGUACAAUCCACCAAACUGUGACUACUGUCGCCAUAACGACCUGGAUGUGGUAACUGUGGGGACCAUUGCCAAUCUCAUCCUCUACGUCGUGGACUUGGUUUUCACCAUCUUGGCUCGACUGAAAUCCUAACAUCUUGCUAAGUUAAGAGCUUCUAGAGGUGUACCUGGGUGGCAUUGACAUCCUGGCCGUGCUUCUGUACACCUCCCCUGCGACCUUGCCUUCAGCUUCCAGAACGGUUUUCCAUCUGCCAUAACUGCACAUGGGACAAUCUGAUGGUUGUGGCAUAUGUCAAUCUUUUACGUUGUGGAUUUGAUUUAUUCCCUGUGUUAAUUGUUGUUCUUUUUCAUAACAUAAUGGAACCUAUGGCGCUUUACUUGAAAGCCCAGAUGUAGAGUACAUCCUUGUCAAUGAAACUCUUCACCCUCUUUAUAGUGGACCUGGGGAGAAUCUCAAUUGCAUACUCCUCGCGUCCUCUUGCCGAGGAGGAGGAGAGAGGACACGAGGAGGAUGCAAUCAAGAUCUUCCCCUGGUUUUUACCCUGCUCUGGAUAUUAGGCUUCAAACGCCCAGAGCUGACCUCUGGUGGGAGCUGAUCUCUCUUCGGUCUGUCUGUCUAAUCCUGUACGGAUCUCGCAUGAAUUCUUCAUUAAGAUAUGCAUAGGUGAAAAAGUUACCCAUGUAUAACUGUCACGAGGUGGAAAAGGUUAGUUUGGAUCUGGGUUGAUCAGGAAGAGUGAAGUGGAGGCAGGCAACAGUUUCAACAAAUAACAUAUUUAAUAGGGCAUGGCUUUCUGAUGGUUACACCACACAAUGUUCUGUUCCAUGGUUUUUGUUUAGCCAAUGCAAAUAGAUUAAAAGUUCAAAAUGACAUACAAAUACCAGAAAGAAACCAACCAAACCAAACAGAAACGGGCACUGGAAGUGGUGCAGCCCAGGAGGCAGGUGCCCAGUUGCUCCUUUUUUGGUACAGUUUCUUCAUCUCAAAGAGUUCUCACCAAACGGAUGCGCUCUCUCGCUCAGCCAACAAAGGGCUCCACCACGACUCCAGACUGCAUGACUUCCUGUGGGCGCCCACCCCUUAAACAGGGGUUAAAUAGAAUUCAGACGAACACUUACUUAAUCCAACAUCCAAUUAAAUGUCUGGGAGAGUUAAUGAGUCAAUCAGUCCCACCUGUGACAUACCAUUUAUACAUGUUAGCCAUUUCCAUGGCAACAGGGCCUUCAUACUGUAAGUAAUUGUAUUUAUAUGGAAUGCAACAGCAUUACAUGGCCAACCUAUGCACAAGUACUGUAUAAUGUAUUGGACUCACUCACGACUUCACCUGUUGGGAUUAGUACUCUUCUGAUUGUUGGAGAUGCCACCAAGACAGCGGAACUGUAGUCCACUUGCUGUGGGCUUGCACAUUCAACAGUUCUGGACUGGUGUUCAUGAGGUACUAACUAGAGAAAGUAGCACAAUGUACAAUCCCUUUCAGUCCUAGUUAAUACUCUAAGACUCCUCUAAACUAAAACACGUACAUUAUUACACUGGGAAUUGAAUACAAAGUGCCUCACUCUGUGCCCGAAAACUCAAUCUACAAAUGGAAAAGUGAUGAUACCCCCCACAAUGCAGGAGUGGCACCUGCUCCCGGGGAAGACUGCUGACCUUGAAUGACCCUCUUAUAGACUAAUCCACCACAUUGAAAAGGGCCUAUUAAGAUGGGUGGCCGACCUUGACACUUUAUCAACCCCACCAGUCACCCUUGAUACCUACUGUCCCUCCAUCUGCCCCCCCCAUCAACCAUCUUUUAUUAUAUCUGUAUUAUUGUGUGUUGUCCAUGUGAUUCACAUGUUUUUUCAUUUUCUUUGUCUGUAGGCUAGGGCUUGUACCCUUUUUCUUUUGUUAUGUGUAGUGGCGUGUGUUAAGUUAUUCCUUGU